AUGAAGAUAAUUAUGUCUGUAAGAAAAUAUAAUAAGAAUAAUGUUAAAUCCAAGUUGAUUUGUUCAGUUAAAUAUACAUAUUGGAGAGAUGGCCGAGUUGGUCUAAGGCGUCACGUUAAGGCCGUGAUCUCUUCGGAGGCGUGGGUUCGAAUCCCACUCUCUUCAUUACCGUUUUAUAUUUACUUGUUUUUUGCAUUCUAUACUGUGUUUACGGAGUUAGAAAGCCUACGAAAAAGUGUUGGACAUUAUUUUGAAAGUCUAUAUUUUCUGGUAGAUGAUAAAGUAUUAGCUGAAAUUGAGGCUUAUCUACCAGAAAAUAAGACAAAAAAUACAACUACCAGAAAAUAA